AUGAGUGAUGUGCCCUCCUGGCUGCACUAUGAACACUAUGAACUGUUGUCCCCGACCCCAGCAAGUUUCCCCAGGGGCCCCUCAGGCACGGGGCUGCUGCCCGUAGCAGGCCACGUGGAACAGGGUACGGCCCUGUGCUUCGUGGGCCUCCUGCUGCUCCUCCUGCUCUUCCUAAUAGUACGCUGCAUCCGCAUCCUGCUGGACCCCUACAACAGUAUGACUGCCACCUCCUGGACCAACGACCCCAGGGACCCGUUGGAGAGGGGUCAGAUUGACUAUGCCCUGGUGUAG